UGGAAAAMAAAGAAGGAMWCRAAAGAYAUGACAGAUCCAUCAAGGUCGAUUUCAGAUAUUUUUCUGGCAAGGCUUAAGAUCAUCAUCGGUUUCUAUCAAGUUUCUUCAGGCACGUUUGAAUCGUUCUCGUAUGUCAACUGGCCAGCACCCAUUCUUAYCGUUAUGAAAUACGCCAAAGCUGUUCAGUUGAACSUUCUYCAAAUAGUCCCCUUGAACUGYAUCCAUGACCAAAUAAAAACAGAUGCUUACACGUAUUUCUUGACAAGUGUCGUCAUAACAGUUGCUGUUGCAGUCACUGGCAUCUUGCUGAACACUGUCAUUACGUUCUACGCUAACAGGAMAUCCUUUUCUAGUACAAGAGAAAAACAGAGRAAAUUCGCUGAAUAUAAACAGAGGAGUAACCGAUGUUUGAUCCUGAUCCUUUUCAUUACUUUCCCAUCGACGUGCACCAGUGUCUUCCAGAUGUUGCCUGCUGCAUGUCACAGGAUCUGCUCGUAUGAUGACCAGAACUGUAAAUCAUACCUCAAAGCUGAUUACUCAGUACAGUGUGACACAGAAAAACAUCAAAUCUAUGGGACCCUGAGCACAGUGACAUUACUGUAUUGCACUGGCUUACCAUUGGCUCUCUUCUUGGUUCUUAAACGUGCACAAGUGAAAAUAAACAAAAACAGUGUCAUCUUGAGCAGCCUUCGUUUUCUGUACGAAAACUACUCACCGAGUUGCUGGUUCUGGGAAAUCUUAGAGCUGGUGCGAAAAAUAUCUUUCAGUGCGAUACUGAUAAUGAUGAACGCUGAGAGCCGAACGAGUUUGGGUUUAACUGCAAUAUUAUCAGGUCUGUAUUCUGUUUUCUUUGCACUCUACAAGCCGAUCGAAGACAUGUUUGAGCACUGGUUGCAAUUGCUAUCCUUGAUGGCAAGUUCUGUUAACUUUACUGUGGGGAUGUUGAUGAAGAUUCCUAAAGAGGACUCGGCGUCUGGGAUCAAAAACGAGGCUGAUGAACUCACGAUCACAAUUCUCCUCAUUGGAACUAACGUUAUCGUAGUUAUAUUAAUCACAGUUCAAUAUCUGUCAAGUAUCGUGGCUAAAAUCACCGAGUUGAAGAAAGAACCUCGAUGUGACGUAUCGUGCUGUCUUGAUGUUCUGCAACUGGUCAGCGAAGCACACGGAGAAGCAUCGGCCAUUUAUACUGAACCCGCAAAUGUCAUGCAAAGAGUAAACAAUGACGGUGGCAAUCAAGGACUUUCGGAUUCUCCRAGUAGCUUCCAGGAGGUUUUAGACCAAGAGGAUGAGCCUGAGGAAAUUAAUGUUGCGAAAUCUGGACAGUGACAUAUCAAGGCAUGACAUUUAUUUUUAUUUUCAUAUUCAUACUUACUCGUAAUUGCAGGAACGUCGUCAUAUUAACAAAAUAACAAAUAGUGAUUAAGGGGGUCUUUAGUGCCUAUUUACAAACUGCGGUUCAGUGCUAUAUGGAAAAGAUUAAAAUAUCCGAGACGUUUUUCUUAUGUUUUAAGUGCUCAUAAAUAUAACCAAUUUGUGAAAUGGAUCGUUCUCGACUGAUAUGUGUGAUAACUUUAUCAUGGCUACGUAUUUAUGACGUCGCAUUCCAAUUAAAAUUUAAAAAAUGA